CACGUUCAAAGAUGGCGGCGCCCUUUAGCGCAACCGGUCCGCACUAAAUUGUCAUUUAAGGUGUAGCAGUUCUGUUUUAAGACUGACUCUCAUGUGAUCUCUUCAGGCUCAUAAGUCCCUUAUUCUGAAAAAGAUGGCUGAGGUUUUAAACUUAAACAACGAGGUGGUGAAGAUGAGGAAGGAGGUGAAGAAGGCCCGGGCGCUGAUCAUUCGGAAAGUGAGCCGACAGAUCUCCGCGCUCAAGCAGAAGAAGGGCUGUGAGAGCGAGGUGCAGAAGAACCAGAGGAGGGUGGCCAGGCUUCUGGAGGAGAUCAACCAGAUGAAGAACUUGAAGCCCGACCACGUCACGAAGGAAGCGCUGCAGAAGAACCUCUGCUUUGAAAAGGUUUGCAAAGACCCAAAGUCUACCCUGGUGGAGCGGGCCACGGCUCGGAUCGCCUCACACCCGCAGAUCAGCAAGCGGAUCGAAGAGCUAAAAGCUGCCGUCAAGGCAUUUAAUGACGAGCGGAAGAAGACCCAGGGCCCAGGGAAGCCUGUGAAACACACUGGGGAGGAUGUUGGAAAACCGAAAAACUUGGCAACAGGGGACCGUGACACAGAUAUGUGCGAUGCAGCUACGCAAGACCAGAGUCUCACAGAAGAAGGAGCAAAGAGCACCUGCAAUGUCACCGUUGAAACAUCUUCACGAGAGGAAGGUCUGUCUCCCUUGGACGAAAUAAAGGUCACAGUCCCGCUGGAAGGAAGUUCUGACUCCAAAGCCAAGCAGAGGAACGGUGAAACCUCCGCCGCUCUGAGGAAUUGCCAAGCACUUCCCAAGAAAGGCAAAGAGGUACCUGCAGAAAACCAGUUUGACCUUAAAAAGACAUCAUUUCCUGCUGUGAAAGCAGUGAAAGAGCCUGAGAACAAGAAGGAUGAGGAGAGUGACCUUGAACCAUCUGAUGACGAGGAAGUGAAGGAGUACUUUGAUGACAGUACAGAGGAGCGCUUCUACAGGCAGUCGUCUCAGUCCGAGGACAGCGAUGACGAUUUCUUCCUGGGAAAAGUGAGCAAGGGCAAGAAGAAGAGGAGGACGCAGUCAGAUCCAGAGCAGUCCGACUCCAUCCCCUCGGCAGCUGAGCUGCUGGCAGAAACGAACGAAGCAGGUGGAUACAAAGGGAAGGAGAAACAGGACGGUAAGGCAGUGAAGCUGGAAACAGUGUUUUGUAGGAGUCUGUCAGGUUCCAGACAGGCCCCCCUGGGAGCGGCUCGGGGAGGUUCAAAACCCUCCAGGUUUCAGGGAUCAAGGACAGGCGCAUUAAACAGAAAACUGGCACUGUCCACAAACCAGUGGGACAGUGAUCAACAGCGAGGUAAGGGGAGAGCACAGUUUGGGAAUCCUCAGGGCCACAGAGCACCAGCAGGAAAGGGUGUGGCUCCUUCCCAGAAUGCACAGCAGGUUCUGCAUCCAUCGUGGGAGGCCAGCAAGCGACGGAAGGAACAGCAGGCCCAAAUUAUGGCCUUUCAAGGAAAGAAAAUAAAGUUUGAUGAUGACUAACGGCCUUCUAAAAGAGCUGAUUUAUUGUGGAAUUUGUCAAAAUUGUAACGAUCAGUACUCUUGGUUUAAAAAAAAAAAUUAGAUAUAUAGCUGCAUCGUGUUCAACUUUAUACAUGAAUAAUUAACCAGUUAAAAUUAUUUUUUUGUGGUUUUUUUUUUUUUUUUUGUUUUUUUGCAGUGAAAACCAAAAAUCACUUAGUUUUGUCUUUCCUCUGUUUUUGUAUGACUUUGAAAGACAUGUUUGUAUUUCCUGAAAGA